AUGCAUCUGAAUACGCUUGAAACUGAAAGAAAACCGUACCAAAUACCAGAAAUAGUGGUGACUUCUCUUAGUCAAUUAAAUACUGAUUAUGGAAGUUACAGUCCUACUUUUGAGAAGAAACUGAUCGAAGAAAAUCGUCAAGAUGGAUACUGGAUUGAAGCUUUUCAAAUAGACAAUCAAAGUCCUAUUGGAUUGGUAGCAUAUGGACUUGCUAGUGGAGAGAUAAAAUUUUAUCAAAAUCCAUCUACAACUAAAGAACCAGAAAAGGCUACUCUUAUUCAAAAACUAAAUGGUCCUGUGGCCAUGGAUCAAGCUGAUAUAACAGGCAAUGGAAUUAAUGAUAUUAUUAUCUGUUUUCAAUAUGGUAAUACAAUGCUAGACAGUGAUCCUGAAGGAGGAAAGAUUAUAUGGUUGGAAAAUCCUGGGCAGAGUAUCGUUAAAAACUUAUGGAAAAUGCAUUAUGUUGGAAAAUCCACAGCUAUGCAUAGACUUAAAGUUGGUCAUUUUACACAAACCAAACGAUGGGAAAUUUUAGGUUUGCCUAUUGUUAGUAAGCCAUAUGAUUUACUUUCAGCAGUACCUGUACUGUUAUUUCGACAACCUGAUAACGUAUUGAAUGCUACAGAAUGGCCUUAUGAAAUUAUUAAUCAACAAUUUUUUCAUCUAAUUCAUGAUGCAAAACGAUUUAAUGAUGGUCAAUUGGAUAAUCUUCUUAUUGCAUCAAGUGAAGGUAUUAAUUGGCUUUAUUUUAAUCAAAAUUUAAAACAGUGGAUAAUUAAGAAUAUUGGAGAUGGUGAACAAGAAGAAAAACAACAAACAACUUACUAUGGUAGUGGCGGUAUUGACGUAGGACGAGUCGGAAACGAUUCUUUUGCUUAUAUGCCUGCUAUUGAACCUUUUCAUGGAAAUGUGAUUUCAGUCUACAUCAAUAAUACGAACAAUUCUUCGAAACAAAGUCAAUGGAAUAGAUAUGUACUGGAUAUUUAUGGAUAUCCUAAUGAAAAUGGCGAAGGUCCAGCUCAUCAUCUUGUUUGUGCUGACUUCGAUAAAGAUGGAGACGAUGAAUUCCUAGUUGCACUUCGUGGACCAUAUCCAAAUCAAGGUGUCUAUCUUUAUAAGUCGAUCGAUUUCUCUCGUGGUUUAUUUGCCAAAUGGAAAGUUAGUAAUGAUUCAGCUGCCAGAAUUGCUAUUGCCGAUUUUGAUAAUGAUACACGUCUUGAUUUUGCAACCAUUAGCUACAAUGUACCCGGUUAUUACAGAGCAGAAAAUCCUUCUAUUAACAUUUUUUACAAUCGAUUCGCUGAGAAGAAGCCACAAGUUGAAAAAGAAAUACAGGUGAUGAAACAAAAUAAUGAUCUUUUAUUCAAAGUUCCAAGACCAAACAAAGCAUUACAAUAUCAAGAACUACCAUUUAUUACAAUAGAUGGAAUAACAUUAUCAUUAGAAAUUGUACCACCUCAUAGUUCACGUCAAGUGGACAAAAAUACGUAUAUCAAAGUUCUUUCUGGAAUUAUAAUGUGGACUGAUUCUUCGACAAAAUCAGCUCAACCCAUUAACCACUCACGUACAUUUCUCUGUGAACCAAGAACGGUUGCGCCUCUUGAGAUAUACAGCGAUAAUAAUAGAAUUGCAACUGGAAAUGAAGGCGCUCUCUUGAUUGUAUUCAAAAAAGGUAAUAAUAUUAAUGAUACUCAUAGACUUGAUGAUAUGCAAAAAGUAAUCAUUGAGAACUCAUUACCAGAAUACUGUUCUCAAGAAACUCAUCAACUUGACUUUCAAUUUGUCAGAUAUGAUAAAUAUGACUCGAGACCACAGUUUAAAGAUCUUGAAUUUUAUAAUUUGAAAGGUUUCAGAAUAAACUUUGCUGAUGACAACGAACAUCUUUGCUAUAUGCAACUAUGGGCUGCUGGGCAAGGUGUUAAUGCUGGUGUACACAAUCAUGCGACAGAUUCAUUCUGUGAAAUUCAUGCGUGCAUUAUCAAUGGAGGUGGAAAAGGUGGCAUGCAGUAUCUCAAUAGCUCCAAAGAAGUUUACGAUCCAUUGACUACACCAGACUCAGCAUUCGAAAAGUUAGUAUUACCAUCUUUUUAUGAACAUGGUCCUCUAUGGGAUAUCGAUGAACAAAACAAACCAGUUUUACGAAAUGAUAGUACUGUAGUUUAUCCUUGGCACAAAUGGCAAUCUGGCAUAAAUGGAUCAUUCAACCAAUCAUUUGAUGUUUGGAUAGUUUUUGAAUUCAAUAGUCAACUAUCAAUUCUCGACACUGCCUUGCCAAAUAAAUCAAAACAAAGAUUUAUUCCAAAUAUAUUAAACACAUUUGUGACAAUGCUUGUCAUUUACAUUUUCUACUAA